GGAGCUUGCGCAAAUACGACGUGUUCCAAACGGAGCAAAAUAAUUGAGUUAAAAUUGUUACAUUGUCGCAGCACUCAAUUCAAAUUGUGCAGUUACGACGUCGAUUUAAUUACAGUUAAUAAUUUGUGUACGUAGUUUCGUUCACCACGAGAAAGAGAUAAAUUUGCCAACGAGAUGGCCAAGGUUACAAAUUUACUGGACAAAGAUGUAUUCAGAUAUGUUGAGAUUUCGCUAACAAACGGACCAGUUGUGAGAAGUUCAAAUUUCCACCCAAUCGAGCCCGUUGUAGCCUGUGGGUUUAUUGGAGAAAUCGCACUGCUCAAGGGGUCAAGUCAUUCCACCAUUUCAACUUGGAAAAGCGAACAUCGAUUUCAUUGUGAAAGUCCGGCGCUGUUUUUAAAAUGGAAUACGAGCGGGACAAAACUAGCAGCUGCAUCCUCUGACGGCACUGUCGUUAUUUGGAAUUAUCCAAGUGGCGUGAAACGACUUUUAUUUCAAGGCCGUCCAAAUCACCCAAUUAUCGUUUGGAACCCAUUCAACUGUAAUGUAUUUGCCAGUUUCUACAAAUCGGCUGACUACAAAAUGGUUUUGAUUUGCGAUACAUCCGACGACUCUACUGACUCCUAUGAGCUCGUAUCGAAUCAAAAUGUUUCGUGUGUUGAAUGGAUUUCACGCAACCAACUCAUUUGCGGCUAUGAUAGGGGAACGGCGGAAAUUCACGAAAUAAAACUAAGCGAUAAGUCAACCAGCAAAUUGAUCAAGAAACUUGUUGUGAGUGCACGAGUCUCGCACUCGUCAGACCCAUACAGUUUGUCAGAAGGAGGUAUGGGUUAUAAGGUUUCGAAUGUCGUCUGGAACGAAGAAUUAAAACUGUUGGCCACCAGUUCAGAAGACAGUUGGAUCAAGAUUUGGUCAUUGGAAAAAGAGGAUCCCAUACGUAUGAUAGAAUCCAGUUCUUCUUGUUGCGAAUUGAUUUGGAGUCCAACGGAGCUCCCAUCCAGCGGAAUCGGGAGCGUGGAAAAACCAUUUUUAGUUGGUGGGUUAGAGAACGGAUCUAUUUUAGUUUGGUCGCCAACGGAAAAGGAAAUACAACCAAGUUUGUUUUUCGAUGGACAUUCCCAAGAACUGUGUCAUAUCGCAUUUUCGCCUAACGGACGCUAUCUCGCAUCGACCGACUAUGAAGGACAAUUGGUUAUCUGGUCCACCGAGAAUUGGGAGAUGAUAUACACUUUGUCACCGUCAGGGUUUCACCACCGGUGCACUAUGUCUUGGGACUCGGCCAGUUGCAAGUUGGCCAUUUCAGAGGGAUCUGGUCAGAAAGAGUUAAGAAUUAUUGAAUACGUCACUGCUGAAAACCACUGUGCUACCUGUAAGAAUAUCUCACCAAAUCUGAAGCUGUGCACACGCUGCAGAACAGUCUCAUAUUGUGGCAAGGAAUGCCAACGUUCGGACUGGUCAAAUCAUAAAACUGUUUGCCACAAAAAGUAAUUUCUUUCCACCUUUAUAUGAGUUCAAAAUCGAAUUGUCUAAGUACUCCUCUGGCCUUUUAAAAAUCUCGUGGAAUUGAGAGAAAACCCUCUAAGUGUUCUAAUCUAGAAAAAGGCAUCAUCUUCUUAAUACAGACAAAU